GUGGUCACCUGGAAUGUGGGCACAGCCAUGCCGCCGAAUGAUGUGACAUCCCUGCUGCACCUCAACACGGGCGAGACAAAUGAUGUGGACAUGAUUGCCAUUGGGCUGCAAGAGGUGAACUCCAAGAUAAACAAGCGCCUGAAGGAUGCCCUCUUCACAGAUCAGUGGAGUGAGCUCUUCAUGGAUGUGCUGAGCCCCUUCCACUUCAUCCUGGUCAGCACGGUGCGGAUGCAAGGUGUGAUCCUACUGGUAUUUGCCAAGUACUAUCACCUCCCCUUCCUGCAGGACAUCCAGACAGACUGCACAAGGACGGGGCUGGGAGGCUACUGGGGCAACAAGGGUGGGGUGAGUGUUCGUCUCUCCAUCUUCGGCCACAUGGUCUGCUUCCUGAACUGCCACCUGCCAGCGCACCUGGAGAAGGCGGAGCAGCGCAAGGAGGACUUUGCCACCAUACUGCAUGUGCAGCAGUUUGAGGGGCAUGUGGCCAGCGGCAUCCUGGACCAUGACCUCGUGUUCUGGUUUGGGGACCUCAAUUUCCGCAUUGAGAGCCUUGACAUCCGCUUUGUGAAGUAUGCCAUCGACAGCAACAUCCUGAGCCAGCUCUGGGAGAAGGACCAGCUGAACAUUGCCAAGAGCACCUGGCCUGUCCUCAGUGGCUUUCAGGAGGGACCCCUGAACUUCCCACCCACCUUCAAGUUUGACGUGGGCACCAACAAGUAUGACAGCAGUGCCAAGAAGCGAAAACCUGCCUGGACUGACCGCAUCCUCUGGAAGAUCAAAUCUCCCAGUGUCAGGCUUGGUGUGGGUGGGUGCCAGCCCAGCCAGGGCAUUGUGUCGGUGAGCCAGCUCUGCUACUGCAGCCACAUGGAGUACACUGUCAGUGACCACAAGCCAGUAGCUGCCAUCUUUGCAGUGCAGUUUGCUUCCAAGGUAGACAAGCCCCUGGUUGAGAUUUAUGUGGCUGAUGAAUGGAGUAGGCCUGAGCAAGCAGUUGUCAGGUACAAGAUGGCUGCUGGCUUCCACCGGAGCUCCUGGGACUGGAUAGGACUAUACCGGGUGGGCUUUCGGCAUCCUAAAGACUAUGUGUCCUAUGUCUGGGCCAGGAGUGAUGAUGGAGAGCGCUGCCUAGAGAAACAGCUGUGUGCACAGGUGAUGUUCUCAGAGGAGGCGCUGCCCAAGGGGAAGGGCGAGUACAUCCUUGGAUACUACAGCAACACCUCCAGCAGCAUUGCUGGUGUGACAGAACCCUUCCAGAUCUCCCUGCCCAGAUCGGAGGAGGGCAGCAGCCCUACGGACAGCUCGGGCAGCAGCUCAGAAGAGGAGGAUGACAGCACGCUUGUUCUGCUUGCCCCCAAAUCCCGUAGCCCCAGCCCAGGCAAGAUGAAACGGCACCGGAGCCGAAGCCCCAGCCUGGCCAAGUUCCAGGGCCUCAUCCUGCGGCCAUCAAGCUGGGACAGGGGUACAAGCCGCAGCCCUUCACCCCAGAGCCGCCGAGGCCUCCCUGGGGACAUCCCUACCAUUCACCUACCCCAGGAAGAGCUGGGGUGCUGUGGAGCCAAAGCCAAGGAGCCAGGGUGGGCAGCUGACAGCCAGGAGGGCAGCUCCUUUUACCAGACUGUGCAGGAGCAGGGUGGCCCCCUGCGCAUCUCUACUGACAACCCUGUGGCCAGGGCAGACCCCAGGAACCUGGGCCUGCUGCCUGCGCUCCGCCUGGAGAUGAUUGACCAGGCCAUGGGCCGGCGGAGGGAAAGUAUGGACCAGGGCUACCCCUGCUGGAGGGUGAGCCCCACCAGCCCCCCAGGCUGUAGCACCUCCCCAAAGGAGGGGAGCAGCCCCCAGGAGCUGGACAACCAUAGUUGUGCCAUGGGUAGGGGCCUCCCUGCAGCCUAA